AUUUGUAAGUUUUGUUGUGUUAUACUAUUUAUUAGAAAGAAUUCAGGCUAAAUUCUGAACCUUUUAAAUUUAAUGAAAUGACUACUUACUACUAAGAGUUUCAUGAAAUGUUUGUUUUUAUUUAUUUAUUGAAUUUUAUUGUUUUUCAUGCUGAUCUAUUACCGCAACCUCAUGUCACAACAAUUCAUAUUUUGUCAUGAUUGCUUUUGAAGACUUUGUUGAUGUUUCAAUAAGUAUUUGUGGUUAUUUUAGUAUAAUUUUCUGAUAUAAAAUGCAGCACAUUCAUGUAUUUCUUUAUAUAUGCAAUUAAUGCUUUUUUAAUACAAAGGUUGUAGAUGCACAAAAAAUAGCUUUCUGUGAUUAAAGUGACAUGAGUGAAGCUACCAAUGUUACAACCAAAAUAAGCUAUUAAAGGAUAAUCUAUAAUAUUUUUGUUCUGAAGAAAUGUUUUAAGUAUGCAUGUAAGUUGUCAGGAUUUAUUGAAAAUCUAGCUGUUUUUGCCAGAUUUGCUUAUUUGUAUAGCCUUAUUGUUAGUCACAGUUUUUUUGCUUCCUGUGUAAAUAACACAUGCAUGCUCUAAUGUCAGCUGUAUUGUCAAUAACACCCUGACAAACUGACAACAUUGUUAUCUUCUCAGGUUAACAAUGACAUCAGACUCGGCUGUUGGAUUGCCCACUGUCAGAAAAUAAAUGGAGCAAAGCAUGGAGAGGCAGAAAAGCUGUGCAGAAGGAACAGUUUAAUUGAAGCCCACUCUGCUGCGUUUUAAGUCUAAACAAAUCCUCACAUGGUGAACUGACCGAGUGAAAAAAAGCUACACUCUGCAUCUCAGAGUGGUCCACAAACAAGCCGACACGAUGGUGGAAGAUGAUACAGCCGGCAGUGCAGACAAGUCAUUGGAGGAGAUCGACUUGAAGGUACCUGCAGCUGAAGACGACGUACGACUUGAGGAUGGAGACAUCAGCAUGGCUCAGUCUCCUCCUGAAGGCCCUGUGGAGGAAAAAAAGGAGCCCAGAAAGUGGAGGUGGGCUGUGAUAUUCUUGUGUUUCUACGGGUUUAUGGCAUCGGUAAAGCCUGGGGAGCCCUUCAUUACACCGUAUCUGCUCAGCCCUGAGAAGAACUUCACCCGGGAGCAGGUGACCAAUGAGAUCGUUCCGGUGCUGACGUACUCCUACAUGGCCGUGUUGGUGCCAGCCUUCCUCCUGACAGAUUUUGUGCGCUACAAGCCCGUCCUGAUAAUCCAGGGUAUCAGCCAGGUGGUCAUCUGGCUCAUCCUGCUUCUGGGCAGCAGCCUCCUCCAGAUGCAGUUAAUGGAGUUCUUCUACGGCAUCACCAUGGCGUGCCGUGUAGCCUACUCCUCCUACAUCUUCUCCUUGGUCAGCCCGGCCCUCUACCAGCGUGUGGCUGGGUACUCGCGCUCCUCCGUGCUCUUAGGCGUGUUCACCAGCUCGGUCUUGGGACAGCUGUGCUUGUCUAUGGGGAACAUUACCUUCUUCACGCUCAACGCCAUAUCUUUGGGCUUUGUCAGCUUCGGUCUGCUGCUUUCUCUGUGUCUGCCGUGGCCGAAACGCUCACUGUUUUUCAACCGGAAUCAGGAGCUGGCGGCGGCUAAUAAAUCAGAACUGGACAAAAUGAACCCCAAAGAGAGCAGUGCACCCUCUGCAGGUCUUCUGUGCUCGUCGUCACGCUGGAAGGACUCCAUGUUCGUUCAGAUGCUGCUGGAGCUGAGGAACGUGGUGAAGAUGUCCAACCUGAGGCUGUGGUCGCUGUGGUGGGUGUUCAACUCCACGGGGUACUACCUGGUGCUGUUCUACGUUCACAUCCUGUGGAACAAAGUCUACCCGACAACAGAGACCAAGCAUGUUUACAACGGGGCUGUGGAGGCAGCGUCUACUCUACUGAGUGCCUUGACUGCCUUCACUGCCGGCUUUGUGAAGAUCCGUUGGAACGUCUGGUCCGAACUCGUCAUCGGCGUCAUCACGGCGGUGCAGGCCGGUCUGCUGCUCCUUAUGAGACUCACAGACAGCAUCUGGGUCUGCUAUGUGGCCUACGUGAUCUUCAGAGGCUUCUACCAAUUUCUGGUUCCCAUCGCUACUUUCCAGAUCGCCUCGUCUCUCAGCAAGGAGCUCUGUGCCCUCGUGUUUGGCAUUAACACCUUCCUUGGGACCAUCCUUAAGAGCAUAAUCAACCUGAUAUUUAUAGACAAGAGAGGCCUGGGUCUGGAUGUGCACUCUCAGUUCCUGGUGUACUUCGUCUACUUCACCAUCCUCACCGUCGUCUACUUGAUCUGUGCUGCUUACGUUAUCAUCCGUCACUUCAGAAACCGGCCGAGGGAAGAGGCCGGGGCAGACGAGCAGGCCACAUCCACCGAGCUCUGCCCUGUGGCUUCAAAUUCAGAGGCAGAACGUUUGUCCAAUGGCAAAACUGCUAAAGCAUAAUGACAAGAUGGGAGUUCUCAUCGUCUUCUUAGCAGAAUUUGAACUCUUGGAUGAGACUUCAGUCUUUAAAGUGCCUCUUCUGCUACCUAAAGCUGCUACACUAAGUCAGACAGGCUGCAGGCAUUUAUGUCUGACUAUUGGGAGUUUUUGUCUGCCAGAAUUGACACAAAUGGAGGAGCAAAAUUCUCCUUUUAGUUUAUAAAAAGCAGUACGUCUAUGAUGCUUUUGUAUUAUCUUAAACAGAGAGGGGGCAUUUAUGUAAGGGCAGGACUGAGUUUUUUUGUUUGUUUGUUUGUUUGUUUGUUUUUUACAUACAAGGAGUUUGCACCUGCAUGUGCAAUGACACUUGAACGGUGCUUUUCCGCUACAUGGCACUGGCUUGGCUUGACCCUACAUGACUCAAUUUGAUUUUUAUUUUUGGUAUCAAUUCUAGCGAGCUGAGCAGAUACUAAAUUGUGACCUGAGAGACACUGCGGACUGUAGAGUGGUUCAGGUGUCCGAAAGUUGAAAUCAACCCCCUUGCAGUUUUGGUUUAAUAACUUCCUAAACUCAACAAACAAAACAAAAUUGUCUCCUUUCUGUGAAAAAAAAAAAGCUGCCGACCAAGAACAAGGGACUCCUCAAUAUUAACCAGACUGUACUUUAAUGGACAAAAGAGUGCCUCGUAACAAAAACAGUUGAUUUGAGCUGAUAGCACAUGUGGAAAAGCUCCAUAAAGUCCAUCAUUAUCAGUCUGCAUAUUCAGCUUAACACUCCUGUUGUACCUGAUGUUACAGUUCCAUUUUAAGUGCCGUUUAAAGGAAGAAAUGGACCACAUUAGCUUUUUAUGUUGAGUCUUUCUAGUAUUGAUAAUCACAACUUUUUGUAGACAACUCAGAGACACUGGCUGCUUUUACCCAGCCUGUUUAUUUAAAGCUGUUAACUGCAGAUUUCAUGCAGUGUGAUAUGAUUAUAUUGUCGCUGUUAUUCUGCUCUUUGUAAUGUAAGAGCAGUAGUUUCAGAGUAAUUUAAAUCAUCUUUAUUUUGUGCUGAAUAUGUAGGGAAAUCCCAAGAAAUGUGUUCACACAAAUACACUGUAUUCAUUUAUCAAAUCAUGCCUCACUUGAUUUGUACAAAGUCUGAUAUUUGUUUUAAUGUUUAAUUUACAGCCAUACAGCAAUGAUCAAUAGUCUUGCUGCUUAUUAGUACCAAUGGUGUUCAUGUUUUCUGGCAUUCAAGUACAUAAAAGGGCUUCUGUUCUGUUUUUUUCAUAUGUUGAAAACCUUGACAUAUUUGUCUUGAACAUAGGAUCACAGUGUUACUCCAUACAACCAUAGUGUGUUUUUUUGUCUAUAUGCUGCUGAAACAUGCUGGGAUGGUCCAUAGAUUCAGACUAUCCUUAGUUUUUACUUGCAUUAUACUUACAUUAAGAAUGUAUAGGUAUUUUUUAAACUGAUUGAAAUGGCUGAGAAAUGAAAUAACUGUGAAGCUGUCUGAAUAAUGUUAAAACAAGUAAAACACUGCCUGUAAUCUGAUGUUUAUUUUUUAUUCACAAAUAAAAUUUGAUGGUUCGA